AUGUCUCUCGCUCAGCUGUCGCAGCUGCUGCCACUCCCCGACGACGAGCUCCAGCAGGUCCUCGACUAUGCCUCCACCCUGUCCAAGCCAGAAGCUGUUUCGCACUUCAGUAAUCUCCUCGGCGACUCACCACUAGCCAUCGACUUCAUCUCCUCCUUCAAUUCCAGACGCGGCGACAGCAAGCCAGCGAAGCCAGCGCAGGCAGGGCCCUCUGCCACACCCGGCCCGUCAUCAUCGUCCGAAGCAAUCGACGCCGUUCCCAAGUCGACAAGAAAACCCCAGAAGAAGAAGAAGGCAAACAUCCACGAGCUAGCACCCCGCAAGGUCCAGGACUUUGCCGCCCCGUCGGGCACUGUAUACACGAAGAAAAACCUCGGCGACCUCGACUACAUCCCGCAAUCGCAGAGGACACCCAGCGCCCCGGGCAGCAACGAUGUCUCGAGAUCGACGACCCCGAAUCCCGCACCCGCACAGAAGCCGCCGCCCGCCCCGAAGCAGGCCCCCCAGAAGGAGUCAAAAGCACACGCCUCCUCUGGGUACCUGAUAUCCGACGGGCCCCCGAAGGCCAAAGGCAAACCCAACCUCAAGGUGUCUGGGGGCGCGACCAAGGUGUCCAUUUCGGGCGGCACGCCCAUGGCUGGACAGUCCACGGCCCUCAACGACCUAGACGCUGCCAUCCGAGCCCUCGAGAUCACAACAAACCCGACGCUGGAUAACCCCAAAGCCCGGAAGUGUAACUGCGUGGCCACGCGACACCCACUGCAGAGCGCGGCGCCCAAUUGCCUCUCGUGCGGCAAGGUCAUCUGCAUGAAGGAAGGGCUCGGGCCGUGCACGUUUUGCGGCACGCCGCUGCUCAAGAAGGACGACGUCGAGGCGAUGAUGCGUGAGCUCAAGGACGAGCGGGCAAAGGAGCGCAUGGCGGCGGAUGCCAGGGCGAACCGCAAGGCAGACGUGUCCAAGACACCUGCGCCCUUCUCCGGGAACAAGGCUCGAGGGACCUACGUCUCUACGGACCCCACGCUCGCCGAGGCUGAAGCCAAGGCGAAGGAGCACCGUGACAAGCUGCUUGGAUUCCAGGCGCAGAACGCCCGCCGAACGACUGUGAGGGACGAGGCGUCCGACUUUGACGUGAGCGGCGCGGUGUCUGGCUCCGGGGGAAGCAUGUGGGCGAGCCCGGAGGAGCGUGCGAGGGAGCUGAAGCGGCAGCAGAAGAUUCUGAGGGAGAUGGAGUGGAACGCCAGACCCGACUACGAGAAGCGGCAGCAGGUCCUGAGCAUCGAUCUGGUCGGGGGCAAGGUGGUGCGCAAGAUGGCUGCCGUGGAGAGGCCGGUGACGCCCGAGAGCGAGGACGACACGGCUGGCGUGCUUACGAGCACGACUGGUAACGGCGGUGCUCGCAGUGGAGGAGCGUUCAGCGGCAACCCGUUGCUGGGAUCUCUGAUCAAGCCGGUGUUUGACGCCAAGGGGAAGGGGCCAGAGGCAGAAGGAGCCAGCAGAUCGCGCAAGACGGGAUGGAGAAGGGUCCAGGACGAUUUAGACAAUAAUGAGAACGUCAUUUUGGACGGCGGGAUUCGAGGCUACGAGCAGGAGGCCAGCGAUGAGCGGAAAGGAAGCUGA